AUGAGAGCCCUGCUUUCCUUCCUCGGGGCCUUCGCCUUGUUAUCCAUGCUUUCUCCAGCCAGAAGCUUCCUUUUCAAAGCUGCCUGUUCGACAAGAUACUACAGCUGCAGGAUGAAGUGCAACAUGGAUGAAUAUUCAGUUAGAUACUGUGAAGACUGGAGCAUCUGCUGUAAGACCAAGAAAUCAGAAAUUAAGAGAAAAAAGAAAUGGUGA